AUGGCUGAAUCAACGCCGUCGCCAAAAGCGAUAUUACGAGGGCAUAAGGCCCAGAUCCAUGCCGCCACAUUCGUGAGACAGAACGAGCGCCUUGCGACUGGCGAUGCGGAAGGCUGGGUGGUGCUCUGGGAUCUCACCAUCAUGCGGCCAAGGGCCGUUUGGAGGGCCCAUGAGAAUGCAAUUCUCGGCAUAAAGGGGUGGGGUCGCGACAAGAUCAUCACUCAUGGCAGAGACCACAAGCUCAUUGUGUGGAAGAUUACAGAGGAGGACGAGGGUCGGCUCAGCGUUUCUCUGCCCCUGGAAGACACCCCCACGCCGCGCCCUCAGCCUUGGGUGGUUCAUUUGUUGGAGGUGAACACAAUGAACUUUUGCUCAUUUGCUGCCUGUCUCAGUGACGCUGAGCAGGGCUCUCUCGAAGCGGCCUCACCCACAGCAGAAGUCAUCAUCGCCGUACCAAACACACUGGCGUCGGAAGCCAAUUUGAAGAUUGACAUCUACACCCUCCCGAGCCAAACUAGGAUUCACACCAUCAAAACCAGCCAGAAAAAUGGCAUGGCCAUGAGUCUAUCUCUUUUUUAUCACCAAGGGUGCCUAACACUAGUGGUGGCUUUUGAAAACGGGUUUGUCUCUGUACACCGUCUGGGCUCUGAUGGGUCUUGGACAAUGACAUACCGGUCACAGGCACACACGCAGCCGAUUCUAUCUAUAGAUGUUCACCCUAGUCGAGAAUACUUCUUCACAUCAGCAGCAGACGCGCUGAUAGCGAAGCAUCCAAUUCCAAUUUCUCAGCAAGAGGUGGAUGCUGACUUUGAGCCUGGCCAAAGGGUCACGGAAGUAGUUGAGCCUCAUCAAAGCAGUACAGGAAAGUCCCUCCUUUCGGCAGCAUUAAGGGACGCUACCGCUUCAGAAACCAGACCAAAGCGCAAGAAACUCAAAGAAUGGGAACAUCCGCUCAAAGUACUUAACACGAAGCACUCUGGUCAACAGAACCUCAAAGUCAGAUCCGACGGAAAGUUGUUUGCUACAGCCGGAUGGGAUUCCAAGAUACGAAUAUAUUCGGCCAAGACUCUCAAGGAACUGGCCGUGCUUAGUUGGCACAAAGUCGGGGCGUAUGCUGUCGCUUUUGCCACUGUAGAUGAGCCCAGUCCAUUGUCAAAUCCCCCAGAAAACGCCAAGUCCACACCCUCCGAGCAACCCAACGAGAAUAACGUGAAAGAGGCCACCAGUGCGUCACCAGGAGCGCAAGAAACAGCGAGCCUGAUAAAAGGACCCGGAAUGAGCGUCAAGGACCGCAGGCUUCAGCUUGCAAAGACGGCGCACUGGAUUGCAGCAGGGGCGAAAGAUGGAAAAGUGAGCUUAUGGGAUAUAUACUGA